AUGAAAAACGUUGUUGUUCCUCUUAAUUUGCUUUUGAGAAAGCUUUAUCACCGAUCAAAUCACGGAGCAUUACUUCGAGUUAUUUGUAAACGGAAUGUUCAUGGAUUCAUUGAUGGUCUUGAGAAUACUAUUGAAAUAAAAGUUUCUGAAGCUGAUGUCAGUAAACGCAUAUCCAGUCAAGAGCUAACAUAUAGUGGGAAGAAUAAGAGGGUUAUAUUCUCAGCCAACCAGGUUGGCGUUAAUCGCCCAGUUGAAGAUCGCUGGAUGGCGUCUCAUUUUGGUGAAGGCGACUUGAACUCGCUCAGUCUCUAUGACCAUAAAGAUGCAAAUCAGGAGGAAUCAACUUAUGGGGGCACAAUAUUUACUGUAGUGGAUGGUCAUGGUGGACAUGCUUGUGCACAUGCAGUUAAUUUACUGCACAGCGAUUACGUUACCUGUGGUCUUUUACCUCCUGAGGUAUCCGAACUUGCUCUAGGGAAUCUACGUCAGAUUCAAGAGUCGCACACACCUCGUUCAAUUUGUGAGUUGGCAGUAACAUUAUGGAUGACAUCUGGUGCAGUGGUCACUGGAGAAUCUGAACGUAUCGAAUUUAAUUUGAAUGAAAACAAAGAUUCUAGGUUUCCAAAUAUGAAUUUGCGCUCUAUGUAUAAUCAGCCUAAUAUCCGAUGGGGCCCUUGGGGACCAUGGGGUCCUCUUUCAUCCUCGGUACGUGAUGUACAUGUUGGACAUAUUCGCAAAUUUCUCGAAGAAUUAUUGUCUACAGGGGAUGAAAAGGAGUUCUUCUAUACCGAUAAUAGUGAUGGUGAUAUGAUUGAUCCAGAUGGUUUUAUUACAGCUUCAUUAAAUACACUUAAAGAGACUGCCAUGAAAUAUUCACAAUCUCCACUUUCAACGGAAUCAUCAAAAGAUUAUAUUUCAUCGUCAGAUUUCGAUCACUCUGUUGAUAAACUACGAAACUAUGUCGCAUCCACUGCUUGGGCAUUGAGGAAUGGUCUUCGUCGAAUGGAUUUGGAUACGUCUUUGGCCUCUUCUCCUAGUUUUCAUGGUCCUGUGUUAGAUAAGGCUUUGUUACGCAUUGCGUUUGCUGGUUGUGUAGCAACUUCAGCUUAUAUCCCUCGUCAUCGUAAAGAAAUUUUUGUGGCUCAGGUAGGUGACUGUGGAGCUGUGAUUGGAAGUUAUAUGCCUCCUAAAGAAGUUUCUAUUAACACCUCGUCUGCUAAGGAUAUUUUCACAUUGACCCGUGGAGAAUUUGUAAGAGAGCAUUGGGACGCUGAACUGUUAGUUUCUCCACAUACAGCCGAAAAUGAAGCAGAUGUUAAACGACUGAAAUCUAGUCAUCCAGUUCAUGAAGCUGAAUUUGUAAUUCGAGACGGCCGACUGUUAGGUGAAUUAAUGCCCUUGCGCGCUUUUGGUGAUAUUCGUUUUAAGUGGUCAACGGACGACUUGAAGAAUAUAGCACGCCUCUUAGAUUUACCUCCAAAUUAUCCUAUUUCACCUGGAUUUUAUGCUAGCCCACCAUAUUUGAUAGCUACACCUCAAGUUGUCUGGAAACCUCUGACUUCUUAUUGUGACCACUUCUUGAUCUUGGGGACCGAUGGUUUAUGGGACGCAGUUUCACCUGAGGACGCUGUACAUGUAGUUGCCCAACACUGGUAUGAUUAUAAGGGAAAUCCAUCUUCUUGUGGCCCAGGCGAUACUGCCGCUAGUCGUCUAAUUCGAACUGCUCUUGGCGGUACAGAAAUGAAUCCGGAACAAAUUGCUUUACACUUUUCAAUGCCGGCUUCUUUAGCCAGAUAUUAUAGAGAUGAUAUUACUGUCAUAGUGGUUUAUCUACCUACUGCUUUCUCUGAUACUGUAUAA